AUGAUUUCUCUUGCAAACUUUCUCCAAGCUGGACGAUGGAGACCGAUAUUGGCUUUUGUAAUUCUCAUAAUAUGUAUCUCUACAGUUACAUCUCUCAACCACCUCCCACAAUCAUCGCUGCGGCGUCGAGCAUUACAUGCAGAUAAGUAUAUUGAAGAACGAGGCUUUUUAGAGGCAAUAAGCAGUGCCGCAGGAAAACUUCUCGGUGGGGGAAAGGGUGGAGGCGCAUUAUCGACCAUAGGAGAGUUGUUCUCCGGGAAUAUAUCAGGAAUUGUUAGUGGGUUAGCAGCAGAUAUAGCUGUGCCUGCAGGAUUUCUGGGGAAUGGCCUCGCCCUGGGUGUUAUUGCCGGAAUGAUGAAUAUGUCCGUACCAACUACGAAUGCCACCGGAUUCAACUUGGCAGCGCAGAAUCUUGGCUCUGGACUCACAAAGAGCUUAGUUGGAUCAAUUUCGAUUGCACCGGCUGGCACCGAUAUGAAAGCAGCAAAAGCUGCAGCCAACGAUCCAAUGGCUAUGAUGAUAGGAGCUGGAACACUCAAUGGAGCCGCUCUUGCUCUCGCACAAGGUUUAGGAAGUGGAGCCUCGCAAGCAUUAAAGUUUACAACACCAUCUGAUAAGGCUGCAUUUAAUACCAGUGGUAUCAAUGGCGCAGCUGGAAAUCUAGGCCAGGGUCUCACAUCCACAUUUCUUUCUGGUAUUAAUACUACCAGUUUCUUAUCAAAAGCAAUGUCUGGUGUCAAUAUAAACGACUUGAUACAGGGAAAUGGCACUAUUCUUGGAAGUUCCCUAAGCCAACUCGCCGCCAGUGCCGGCACUGGUCUUGGACAAGGCACAACUGUUGGACUCGGACUUCAGAAUGCGGCUACAAUGGAAACAUCUCCCAAUGGAUCUGCCGGAGCCGUGCAAGAUUUUACCAUGGGACUUACAUCCAGCUUUUUGCAAAAUGGCACAUUGUCGAAAUUAAUGACUUCAUUAAUGGGCUCAGGGGGUCCUUCAACUGCUAUGGGUAUGGGUGUAACGGAAGCAGAUAUGAGUUCGGGUUCCUCUUCUACGCCUUCUUUUCUCGCCAAUCUGAACAUCGCUGCGGUAGCACAAGGCUUUGCAGUAGGACUUCUUGACGGGGCUGGAAAUACUCUGGCCGGAAUGUCUACACCUCCAAUGCAAACACUGAUGUUUAAUGAUUCAGUUGGUGGAGCAGCGACGGGAUUUGGUCUUGGUUUAGGUGCACAGGGUACUACACUUGUGAAGCAAGUACUCGCAAAUCCAUCAAUCAUCUCAAACCUUACCAAGUCAUCGACUGCAAAACGUCAUCUUCUUCAAAGUCGAGCCAUGAUUUCAUCAUCCCACGUUUCGGUCAUUGAACGUCGCGAAUCGAGCCUUUCUUCUGGUAAUAAUUCUUUCAUCAACGCUCUUAAUUCUACAACGCUCGAUCCUAUUCUACAGAUGGGAAUUGAUACUAUUGGCUGUGCAGGUGUCGGUGGACUCGCUUCAAUUGGGUUUGGACUUUUCACAACGGGGACUAUCGAUAUCGAUAAAUUGAAAGGAGUGCUCAAAAUGAAUAAAAACAUUACGAAUAAUCAAACCUUCAUCCUCGAAAAUGGGGGCAAUACAUAUACCAUUAAUCUCGCCAAAAUGGAUAUCCAGAUUAAUGGCAUGCCAAUAAAGAGAGCAAUUAUAUCGAUUAUUCUACACAUUGUUUUCGCAAUCCUAACAUACUUCAUCCUCGCACCAACCUACAUUUUAGUACACAGCACCAAACGCGUAACAACUCUUUCCUCCCUCCCCUCUCCAUUCCCAGCCUUUAAAUCGCCCCUAUUCACUACCUUCAUCCCGGCCCUCCUCUAUAUCAUCUCACCAAUCCUCAUCAUCGCCACCGUCAUUCUCGGUUUCGUCAUCAAAGGAUCUUCAUCCGCAUCCCUCUCCGCCCACGGAAUCAUCGGUAUAAUCCUCCUCGUCCCUACAUUCUUCACUUUCGCCACAUCCGCUUCAGCCAUCCAACGCAAAAACCCCGGAUUGAAAACACUCUACAAAUUUAGCUUCGGUACAACAAUGAUCGUAGCUGUGUUGGUACUCUUUUCGGGAUUUGUCGAUCUUGCGAAUUAUAGUUUCUGCGCAGUGCAAGCAUUGCCAAUCGUGGUGUGGAUUGUUAUUGGGGGGAUUUUAUUAGGGCCAAUGGGGCUAGCGGGUGGAGUUGUGGGGAUGGAAGGAUUACUUUCGAGACAGAGGGGGAAGAAAGGUGUUGAGUUGAGGCCGGGGAUGCAGAAGGGGGAUGAAAAGACAGGGAGUUAUUUUGACGAUGAUGAUGAGAGAGGGAGAGUCUCCGGAGGAAAGGUAUAA